AUGUCUUCGUGGGAAAAGCCAAUAAUAAGAAAGGAAAGGCUUCAGCAAAGGCGAAAGACGCCAUCCUUUUCUUCCUCUCUGUUGGAAGCCAUUUACCAAUCCAUUGAUGAAGAAAAACGUGGAGAAGAGAACCAUGUUCCGAAUAAAAGGAACAAUGAUGUGGAAGCUGAACAAGAAAUUACUAGUCUUCGACGAGCAAUCUUGAUUGAGAAAUGGAUGGAAAGUUACAAGUAUACUCAAAGCUCAAGACACUUUAGUUCAGAUUCAAGUUCAUCAACAGACUCAAGCAUGUUUUCAUCCUCAGAAACUGAGUCAGCUACAAGAUCUACCUCUAAAUCAUCACUUUUUCACACAUUGCCAAAACCAACAAGACAAGUUCGUGAAAUACUUGUUCGAUCAGAAAAUGUUGUUACAUUGUCUGCAGAAACAGCUCCAAAAUGUGAAGGAGGAAGGUUUAUGAGAACAAAAACAAGAGCCUUGAAAAUUUAUGGUGACUUGAAAAAGGUAAAACAACCUAUUUCACCAGGUGGGAAAAUAGCAAACUUCUUGAAUUCAAUAUUCAAUUCAAGAAAUAUGAAGAAAAACCACCACCACAACCACCAACAAGGUAUGGAAGAUUGGAGUUCAGUGAGGAAAUCAAGAUCAGUGAAUGACUUAAGUAGUACUGUGACAUGUUCAUUGGCUUCAAGAUCUUCUUGCUUAAACAAAAGUACCCCUUCUUCGACUAGAGGUAAAUCGAAAAGAUCAGUCAGAUUUUGCCCUGUUAGUGUAAUUGUUGACGAAGAUUAUCAACCAUGUAGUCACAAGAGCAGCAGCAACAACAACAACAACAGACCAAGUGCAAUUGCACAAGUGGAGUCUGGGGAGGGUAGUAUGUACACAGACCUUACGCCUACUUUCAAGAAAGCAGAGAGACUGUUUCCGGAAGACCCUCGGCUUACGAUAUGUGGUCACAAGAGCAUAUUCAAGAAUGAAGAACCAAGAAUUUGGCAUGUUCCUAAAGUAGGGAGCUUCAGAAACUUCGAGGGAAAACAUAUAAACAAGAAUCAAUACAGAGGAUUUUACGAGAGUGAAAACGAAGAGGAAGAAGAAGAAGAAGAUGAUAGUAGAAGUUGUGCAAGUUCAGAUUUGUUUGAACUUGAGAAUAUUGGCAUGAUUAGUCAUGUUCAUGCAACUAGAAAUGAGUUACCUGUUUAUGGAACUACUAGUUUGAAAAUGAAUCAAGCAAUUGCUAGGGGUUUAGUUAUGUGA